GCGUACACAAAACAUACGCAACCGGGGAAAAAAAUUUUUAUUUAAAAAACAAAACGCUUUAUCACUUUCUGCAAAAGUUACAUUUUUAUAAUUCGAACUGUGGCCAAUGUAUCUCCAUAAAAUGUGUCCGUGUGGAAAGGAAGCUGAACCUUGUAAAAUUAAAACUCCAGAAUUCUUUAAAAAUUAACUAAUAGUCAUGGAUAAUCUUCUAAGAUAUUACAUUAGAGUUUUAGUAAUUUAGGAUUAAUUUCGUAUUAAGCAGAUAUACUAUUGCAAUUUUAUGAACGGGUCUUUCGGUCAUACGGUGUAAUAAUAAUUUGGUACUUCCCUCAGAUCUAGGCGCGUCAUGGAAAACCAAAUAGGCUAUUUUGUUCAAAAAAUGAACAUAAAAUAGAAACAAAGCAACCCAAUCAUGACUUACUUCGUUGACGAACGAAAGCAAAAUGAUUUAUAAUCAUAAAGACAGACAGAUAAAAAAAUUUCCUGCGCCUGCAUGAUUUUCAAUUUCAAAUUAAAUUUGCGGAUUUUGCAGACGUCUGCACCUUGCAAGUCUGGCAACGCUAACUACAACUACCGUAAUAAGCUGUAAAUUAGUUAACUCUAAUAUCAAGAAUCACAAGGUAGUUUUCAGCGUUUUUUGAAAUGAACAAUGCAUUUGUUGCAUCUGAAGAACGACGUAAGGAAAAUGUUUCAACCCUUUCGAAAAUAUCUGUGGAAAACAUAACAAAAGACUUAAGUGUGAACGCCACAUUGACCGAAAAAGUGACGGAAGAACUGUCGCUUAAAGUGGCCCUAGAAUUCGUUAUGAUAUUGCGGUUGGCUACCAAACGCAUGAGACAACAAUGUGUAUAUUUAUUGAAGGAGCACGUAACUUAUGCAUUGCGCGCUCACGACAAGCUACUGAUUUGGCAAUUAGUUGACUCGGAUCCGUUAGAAUCGGACUCAGAUGAUGAGAACAGCCUAUCAGAAUUUAAGCUAGAACGAACCAUCCGGCGCGAGGGUCCAAAGCGCAAAGCAACAUGCUUAGACACAGUGCCAAACAGCGGUGCACCUAAAGCCAAAUACAGCUGUGGCUGGGUAAAGAGCGAAGAAGUUGUAUUAAAACCCAACCAACUGUAUUUGCUUUCCAAGGAACAGCAGACCUUUUACGCGCUUAUCACUGAGGCGUGCGUCGGCUGCUCGGAGUCUAAGCGACGCGAUGCACUGCAAACACUUAUCACAGAUCCAUCGCUGCAAAGUCUGCUUCCUUGUCUUAGCCUCUUCAUAUUUGAUGCUGUGCGGGUAAAUGUGAUGCAACAAAACAUGGCCAUGCUAUUAUAUCUGAUGCGAAUGGUCCGUGCUCUGCUGGCAAACAAUAGUUUAAGUCUUUAUAAAUAUUUACAUCUCUUCAUACCGUCCGUGCUUACGUGCGUUCUAUCCAGCCAGUCCUGUGCCUAUCCAAUGAGAGAGAACCAUUGGGCUCUGCGCGAAUACUCGGGCAACAUUAUGGCUGAGAUUUUGAGACACUUUAAUAACGUCGAUACUACCAUACUGAACCGUGUUGUUGGCAUAUACAGGCAGGCCCUUUACAAGAGACCAUUGACUACAGUUUAUGGAGCUGUUAUUGGACUGGGAAAAAUGGGAAAUUUUGUCAUACGUGCGUGCGUUAUACCAUAUAUAGGCUUCAUUUCUUCAUUAAUUAAACCUCAUCUCUUGGACCUCAAUGGACAUAAUAGUAAUUCCUUGGACAAGCAAGCUGCCAAGUACAUACGUCAUCGAAUGCUGAAAAUCUGUACGCCCAUUUUGACGAAGUUACACAAACCGCCAGAUGGGGUAAAAGAAUAUGCUGAGCGUUAUGGAUACCUUGGCCCAUUCUUAUGCGAUGCUAUUGUAGUGAUGCGGAUUAAAGCUCGAGCUGUUGCAGAUGCAAAAAAAGCAGCUGAAAAAGCAAAGGAGAAAGACGCAGAAAACAAAUCCCAUGCCGUGCCGUCAAUAUUAAAAGCACCAACAAUACCGAACCGGGUUGUCUCAACGCGUCCCAAUGGCCUUUGCCACCACAAGCCAGCCCCCGCUCAAACGCCAGGGCCUCAAACAGUGCUGCCUAAAACGUUACCUAAACUACAGCCAUUAAAUGGUCUGACAACACAGCUGCCAAAACAAUUGGUUGUACCAGCUGCGGAUAUUGUUGCUGCUCAAUCGUUGCUGAAGCAGCCGGUUCAACAACUGAGAACAGUUUUAUUGCCUGUAAAAUCAAACAUUGCUACACGUGUUCCGUAUGCAUGCGGCGCUUUAAAUAAACCCAAUGCGUUAGGCUGUAAUAAGGGCUUAAAAGUAGCCCCGCGAAAGUAUUUGGUCGCGGUGAGAAAAACAGAAUAAAAAAGAUCGAGAUUUUAAAUGUUA